UGGCCGGCAGCGCGCCAGGGGUCGGCCUCCGCAGUCUCUGGGCGCGAGAGGCUACACUUUCCCUUCGCCCCCACCUCGUUUCCUCCCGCGCGGCCGCAGCGGAGAUUUCCUCUCGGGGAAACUACGCGGAUCCUUCCCGGGGCUCCUCGCCCCGCCCCAGUUCCCCGCCCCCUCCUCUUUGCUGGGGAGCCGGUGCUGGCCCACGCCGGGGAGGAGGCUCUGGCAGCCUGGGCCAGGAGGUGGCAGGGGGCCGUGGAGCCGCUGGCUACCGCCCCGCCCCGCCAUGUGACGCCGCCCGCCGCCCAGCGACCCCCUGCGCGUCCCGGGCCCGCGCCCGAGCUCGGUCGGGCUGCGCACCAUGCUCCUGCCAGGACAGGCGCCCCCGCUGCCCGUGCCCCAGCCGGCACAGCAUCCCGGCCUCCGCAGGCAGGUAGAGCCUCCUGGGCAGCUCCUGCGCCUCUUCUACUGCACUGUCCUGGUCUGCUCCAGGGAGAUCGCAGCGCUCACGGACUUCUCGGGUUACCUAACCAAGCUCCUGCAAAACCACACGGCCUAUGCCUGCGACGGGGACCACCUGAAGCUUCAGUGCCCUCGGCAUUCUACGAUAAGUGUCCAGUCGGCAUUUUAUGGGCAAGAUUACCAAACGUGUAGCACACAGCCGCCUGCCUCCCAGCGGGAAGACAGCUUAACCUGUGUGGCGCCCACCACGCUGCAGAAGGUGCUGGACGAAUGCCAGAACCAGCGGGCCUGCCACCUCUUGGUCAAUAGCCGUGUUUUUGGACCUGACCUUUGUCCAGGAAGCAGUAAAUACCUCCUGGUCUCCUUUAAAUGCCAACCUAGAGAUGAUUUGCCCAUAAUCUGGGGACAGCGAUCGCUGGAAGCCUUACUUGAGGGGUGCUGUGUUACUCCGGAUGAAUUAAAAAACAAAACCGUGUGUGAAGACCACGAGCUGAAACUGCACUGCCACGAAUCCAAGUUUCUCAACAUCUACUCUGCGACCUACGGCAGGAGGACCCAGGAGAGGGAUGUCUGCUCCUCGGAAGCCGAGCGGCUCCCCCCUUUUGAUUGCUUGUCUUACUCGGCUUUGCAAGUCUUAUCCAGGAGGUGCUACGGGAAACAGAGGUGCAGAAUCCUUGUCAACAAUCACCAUUUCAGAAGCCCCUGUCUGCCGGGAGUGAAAAAAUACCUCACCGUCACCUACGCGUGCGUCCCCAAGAACAUCCUCUCAGCGAUUGAUCCAGCCGUUGCCAAUCUAAAACCGACUUUGAAGCAGAAAGAUGGUGAAUAUGGUAUAAACUUUGACCCAAGUGAACCGAGGGUUCUGAGGAAGGAUGGAGUUAUUGUCAGCCACUCCCUGGCGGCAUUUGCCUACAUUAGAGCCCACCCUGAGAGAGCCGCCCUGCUGUUCAUGUCCAGUGUCUGCAUCGGGCUGGCACUCACGUUGUGUGCCUUGGUCUUCAGAGUGUCCUGCACCAAGGACUUCCGGGAGCUGCAGCUGGCGAGGGAGCACCUGGUGCCAGGAAGUGACAAGGCCGAGGAGGACAGCCAGGAUGAAGACGGGGAGGAGGACUCCUCUGACUCUGAUUUUCCAGGGGAACGGUCAGGAUUCUGUAGGACUACAUAUCCUGUCUACAGUUCUAUAGAGGCUGCAGAGCUGGCAGAACGGAUUGAGCGCAGGGAGCAAAUCAUCCAGGAAAUAUGGAUGAACAGUGGUUUGGACACUUCACUCCCAAGAAACAUGAGCCAGUUCUACUGAAAACUAGACGCAUCUUGAUGCUACCACACUUCCUGAAGAGGGAAGGAGAUCCAAAAUGCCCCUCCGGUUCUGUUUCACUUGUACCUUCUAUGAAGGAGAAUUUGUCAUGUCAUUCAAUACUGGGGAAGCCAGAAAGCUCUUAAAGGGACAUUUCAAACUGUUUACAGCACAUUUCAAAAUAAAUUAGGAGGGAA